UCGACAUGGUGGCUCAUUCAAAAGAUGGCAUUCGUGCCCGGAUCAUGGAAACCGCUCGCGGCGACGAUAUUAUUGAGCACUCAGAGACGUCGCCACUUCUGCGUUCAAACUCGACAGAAGGCCACAAUCGCAAGCCCGUAUCCAGGCAUGCUCUUUUUCGAACUCCGAAUGCAAUUCUCCUCGUUAUGCUCGCAGUCGUCGUUUUGACCUCAUUCGGCGAUCAACUUGGAGAAGUGCCGUUGAAUCGCAUAUACGAAUCGGUUAUCUGUUACAAAUACUAUGAAACCAACGACCCGUCGAAGAUAAAGCUCCCUCGCAGUGCUCUUGGACCCGGAGCGAUAGGAGGUGUUGAUGAGUUGUGGUGUAAGAAAGCCGAUGAGGUCCAGAACGAUCUGGCGAUGCUGAAUGGACUUUUACUGUUCCUCAAUGGGAUCCCCGGACUACUGCUCGCUGUGCCCUUUGGCUGGGCAGCUGAUAGAUAUGGACGGUGGCCAUUCAUUAUGUUGAACUUGUUCCAAAUUGCUGCCAAGCUCGUUUGGUCGCAGUUUGUGGCGUGGCAGUGGCAAAUCUUCGACGUUAGGGUCAUGUGGGCGCAAUCGCUGUUCUGUCUCUUGGGUGGGGGAAGUCCGGUCAUCAGCGCCCUAUUCUUCGUCGCGAUUCAAGAUGUCGUGCCUGAGAAGGAUAGGGCGAGUGCGUUCCUGCGACUUGGGGCGGCGAAUUUGAGUGCCAGCUUGUUGAUGCCGCCGCUUGCUGCGCUGCUGAUGCGGAAGAGCCCUUGGAUUCCGUCGAUUAUGGGUACGGUGAUGUUCAUUCUCGCCAUGUUGCUCUACCUGCUCGUUCCGGAAACGCUUCACUAUGGGAAGGAAGAGGCCGAUUCGACCCAGGCCGAGCCGGAUCUGGCUGGAAGCACUCCAGGACCGCCCGACUUGGCACCAACAAACCCACCAAUCUCAGCAAACGUGAUCGUUGUUUACUCCGACAAGUUCAAGGCGACGAUGGCAUUUCUAACGCGGGACUAUCGCGUUCCAUUGUUGAUUCUACCUUUCGUGGCCCACAUCCUGAUCGCCGAAAUUGCCUCCCUUCUCCUGCAAUACGUCAGCAAACGCUACAGCAUGACGUUCUCGGCAGCAACAAUUCUCAUCACUAUCCGGAAUGGAGUCACAGUGCUGCUACUGGUGGUCAUUCUGCCUUAUCUCAGCACACUCGCAAUGACGCGGUUUGGUCUCAGCAGCCAAAGAAAGGACUUGUAUCUCGCGCGCAUCUCGCAGAUAUUUGUGGCUGUAGGAUGGCUCGCGCUGGCCGCAAGCCCAAAUAUUCCAGUCGCGGGAAUCAGUCUUGCAAUAUCCAGUCUUGGACAAGGUGCGGCGUUGCUGAUGCGAAGUUUCCUGAGCACCAUUGUGCCUGCCAACGAGAUAGCUAGAACCUACAGUGUCAUCGCUAUUGUUGACACUUUGGGCAUUAUGUUUGGUAGUCCUUUGCUUGCAUUGUUGUUUGAAAAGGGGAUCGGUCUUCCCUUCGUGGCGCUCGGGUUGUCCUCGGCAUUGUUUGCGGUAUUGCUGUUUAUUGUGAAAGUAAGAAAGGGGGAGGACGAGAUCAUGAGCGACAGUUCAUCGUAG